CUUUCAGUUCCAUUGCAGCUGGAGUCAGUGACUUCAUACUGAACAAGUAUUAAAAUGCGAAUGUCUGCCAUUCAAGAUCUCAGGGAGGAUGAAAAUGAGGAUUGGGAAGAGGAAGAAAAGGUCUACCUCAAGCCUGUUAUUGAGGACAGAAAUAUGGAACUGGCCCGAAAAUGCAGUGAAUUAAUAAGUGAUAUACACUAUAAAGAAGAGUUUAAAAAAUCUAAAGGCAAGUGCAUAUUUGUACCUGACACCCCGCAGCUAAAACAUGUGAAAAGCCUUGGUGCUUUUAUUUCUGAGGUGAAAUAUAAAGGAGAUGCUAAGAAAGACCUUUCCAACUCUCUUUAUCAGCAGAUGCCAGCCACAAUUGACAGUGUAUUUGCGAAGGAAUUAAUGCACCUUCAGAGCAAGGUUCUCUAUAAACAAAAACAUGAUGCUGAGAAAGGAUUUUCAGACUAUGCACGUAUGAGGGAACCUCCAGAUGUUAAACAUGCCAUGGAAGUCAGUAAACACCAGAGUGAUGUAUCUUAUAAGAAGGAUGUGCAAGAUACUCAUAGGUACACUGAAGUUCUGAACAGACCAGACAUAAAGAAGGCAACUGAGAUAACGAAGAUAAUAAGUGAUGCUACGUACAAGAAAGGAAGGGGAGAACUGAAUAAGGAGUCUGCUGUACUUGGAAGACCUGAUUUUGAACAUGCUAAAGGAGUUUCAAAACUUUUAAGCCAAGUAAAAUACAAAGAGAAGUUCAGCAAGGAAAUGAAGAGUCACCAGUACAAUCCUCUUGACAGUGCUUCCUUCAAGCAAGCACAGAUUGCAUCCACCUUGGCAAGUGAUGUGAACUACAAGAAAGAUUUAGAAAGCCUGCAUGAUCCAGCAUCUGAUCUACCAAACCUGCUGCAUUUAAACCAUGCUUUAAAUAUCAGCAAAACACAGAGUGAUUAUGAAUAUAAGAAAUCAUUUAAGCAAAGCAAGUGUUUCUGUGAUUUCAGCCCAGACACUGCAGAACAAAUCUAUCUCACAGAAAAUGCAGUGCUUCAAAGUCAGGUCAAGUACAAAGAAAAUUAUGAAAAAUCUAAAGGCAGAUCAAUGCUGGAGUUCGUGGAUACACCAAUGUAUCAGGUUUCAAAGGAGGCUCAAAAGAUGCAAAGUGAGAAAAUGUACCGCAGAGAUUUUGAAGAAGGGAUCAAGGGAAGACCUUCAUUGGAUUUAGACAAGACCCCAGAGUUUUUGCAUAUAAAACAAGUCACUAAUCUUCUGAAAGAGAAAGAGUAUCGGAAAGAUUUGGAAGAAGGGAUGAAAGGAAAAGGAAUGACAGUGUUUGAAGAUACACCAGAUUUGAUUAGAGUGAAAAAUGCGGCUCAGAUACUAAAUGAGAGGCAAUACAAGAAAGACUUGGAGACUGAAAUUAAAGGGAAAGGCAUGGAAGUUGGUCCAGAUACACCUGAGAUAAGGCGAGCCAAGAAAGCCUGUGAAAUUGCAAGCAUGAAAGAAUACAAGAAAGACUUGGAGAAUGAAAUUAAAGGAAAGGGAAUGGAAGUGAGUACAGAUACCCUUGAUAUACAACGAGCCAAAAAAGCUUCUGAAAUUGUCAGCCAGAAAGAACAUAAAAAGGAUCUGGGGACUGAAAUUGUAGGAAAAGGGAUGCAAGUUGGUCCAUAUAUUCCAGCAAUACAGUGAGUCAAAAGGGCUUCAGAAAUAGCAAGUCAGAAAAUGUACAAAGAUGAAGCAGAGAAGAUGCUCUGUAACUAUUCUGCUGUCCCAGACACUCCUGAGAUGGAGAGGAUAAGAAGUACUCAGAAGAAUAUCAGUUCAGUGUUUUAUAAGAAGGAAGUAGGAGCUGGCACAGCUGUAAAAGAUACUCCAGAGAUUGAAAGAGUAAAGAAAAAUCAACAGAAUAUUAGUUCGAUUAAAUACAAGGAAGAAAUACGGCGUGCAACAACUAUUUCUGAUCCACCUGAACUAAGGAGAGUUAAGGAAAACCAGAAGAAUAUUAGCAAUGUUCAGUACAAGGAACAACUCUGCAAAGCUACACCCAUGAGUGUCACCCCUGAGAUGGAGAGGGUGAAGAGGAAUCAAGAGAAUGUUCACUACAGAGAGCAGCCUGGCAAAGCUACUGCUGUGAGUGUCACUCCUGAGAUAGAGAGAGUCAGGAAGAAUCAAGAUAAUAUCAGCUCGGUCAAGUACAGCAGUGAUCAGAGGCAGAUGAAAGGUAGACGUAGUGUGCUUCUAGACACACCUGAGCUAAGGCAUGUCAAAGAAACACAAAACAACAUCUCAAUGGUAAAAUAUCACGAAGAUUUCGAGAAGACAAAGGGCAGAGGCUUCACCCCAGUGGUAGAUGAUCCUAUAACAGAGCGUGUACGGAAAAACACCCAAAUUGUGAGUGAUGCAGCGUAUAAAGGUGUGCAUCCACAUAUUGUUGAAAUGGAUAGAAGACCUGGAAUAAUUGUUGAUCUUAAAGUUUGGCGUACAGAUCCUGGCUCCAUCUUCGACAUUGAUCCUCUGGAGGACAAUAUUCAGUCUAGGAGUCUACAUAUGCUUUCUGAAAGAGCAAGCCGUUACACUAAGCAGUAUUUACAUUCUACCAGUCUGGGAGAUUAUAAAUCAGAUGGCUCUGACACGAACCCUACCUUUUCUUACUGCAGUGAGAUAACAAGGCCAUCUGAUGAAGGAGCCCCUGUUCUCCCUGGGGCGUAUCAACAAAGCCAGACUCAAGGAUAUGGAUACAUGCACCAGACCAGUAUGUCAUCCAUGAGGUCCAUGCAUUCACAGCCUCAUUCAGCAAGUCUGAGAACAUACAGAGCUAUGUAUGACUACAGCGCUCAAGAUGAAGAUGAAGUUUCCUUCAGGGAUGGUGAUUAUAUCAUCAAUGUGCAACCAAUUGAUGAUGGCUGGAUGUAUGGUACUGUUCAGAGAACUGGGAAAACAGGAAUGCUUCCAGCAAAUUAUAUUGAGUUUGUUAACUAAUUUUUGUCUCUAGUCCUUUGAGCUUUGUUAUGAUUUACUUAAAAUCUAACCUUUUAGAAAAAAAUCAGAAGAAUCUUUUAAGAGUUCAUGAUCAUUACUUUAUCACUGCUAUAACAGUUUGCAUUCUCACUCAGAAUCCAUUUUAGAGUCCUUUAAAGAAAAAAUAAAUAAUCCACAACAAGUUCAGAGCUUUGAAAACAGCAUUGCUUAUAAUAGUGCUCUCUCAAAAUGAAAAACAUGUAUGGAAGCCUGGUGCUGCCAGUCCUAUAAAGACUUUGGUCAAUUAACUUUAAAAGGGUAAUGCCUUUUCCUUACACCUCAAAGACGUUAUAACCAUAAAAUUGGUUCAUUUCUUAUGGCACUCUGAAGUCACAGGAGGUUAACACAUUGAGUUUGAACAGAUCUUCAGAUUCUUAGGGAAAUGUUAAAUGUUUAAGCAGUUAGCUUCCUAAUAAAAAUUAAUAUGUUGAGUAGAUAAUUCAGUCAUUUGAAUUAAAGACAAGUAACAUGUCAGAAAAAAAAACCACCAAUAAAAUCCCCUACUGCCCAGCAGCCUUACAGUAAAUAUGUCUAUUUUGACAGCAAAAAUUUCCUGACUCUCACAUAUCCACAUUUAUUCUUGGAUUACCCAUUUUUUUCUUGUUUCCAAGUGAUCUAUUAGCUUUGCUUCCAUCCUAAUCCAUCCGUUUUAUCCGGGUCUGGAUCCAUGGUUCUUCAGUAUCUUUUCUGCAGAAGAUUCCUUGCAAAGACUAUCUAAAAUAUAAAACCUGUCAGCUCUUCUGUUUCCGUGUAAUAGUACUUAGCAUCUAAAUAGAAACUUCCAUUAGGGCAACGUACAACCAAUACUUCAUGUUAGCUCCUUUACCUGUAGUGCUGUAAAUAAAUACCCCCGGUGCUGUGCAGUCCCACAGAGCCUGCAGUCACAUCCCUUUCUCACCACAGCUAUCUCGCUUAAUGGCUGCUUUGCUGAUGAGCUGUGUGCCUCCCCCUGCUGCAGAAACACUUGUGCCUCCGUCCAGCAGCGGAGGAGAACUCUGGUUCUUGUAGUGCAUCUCGGAUCAAUGGCUUCAGUUUGCUCCCAAAUUCUUGGUGAUCCAAUGGUGGGUUGUACGCUUGCCAAAUGAUUAAAUAUGGAGAAGAAUUAUGUUUUCUUUAAGAAUUAUGUUUUCUUUUAGUGACCUAAUCUUUCUCAUAACUGACAUCAAAGGGAAAGCUAACUAAGCAAAAUCCAGCAUACUCUAUGCCAUUAUGUUUCAGUUUAGCCAUCUGUUGAAAACAGUAAAAAUAUUCUGCUGACAAACCUUCACAUGUGCUAUUUGGUGUCUGUUAACUUAGGGCCAGAAUUGAGAGAUCCAGGUCUCAGAUGUGAGGCUGGCAGAGGAUCUGACAGCUGGUGACACAGUGGAUCUGUAAGAGGGAUUUUGUCAGCAGGCUUGGGUCACAGGCAACUUGGUUUUGCUUUGACUGGGUGCUGCAUUCCCUCACAGGGAGAAAUUGUGGAAGGAAGGAGAAAAGAGUUAAAGAUUCAUGUGAGAGAUUAUUCAUAUGGAUGCAGAGAUGUGUAAGGAAGAAAACGUUUUUCCGAUCAAAUAAUUUGUGGAGUUCAGCCAUGUGCUAAGAAGUUAAGUUUGGAGUAGCCCUCAGAAUACUGAGUCUGCACUGGUUUUCUUUAAUUUCUAAAAUUUUUAAAGUAGAAUUUUAUAUGGAGCUUUUAGACAAUUUUAUAUUUCUCAUCUCACAUAGUAGGCAACCCUGAAAUAACUGUUUAAAAAAUAAAUAAGGAAGGCAGGAUGGAUUUGUGAAUGUGACAUUUCAAUGAUGUCAACUGAAAGUUGCAAAUGCAAAUACCUGCAAGUUCUAUUUUUGCAGACAGUUUUUGCAUACAAUUCCCAAAGAACUGGAAAGCUUAUGCAAUUUUAUUUUGGGUCUUGAUAACACAGGGAUGAUACCAGCUGCCAAGCAGAAUGGAAUGACUGCAUAAAAAAUAAUAAAUUAAAAAAUGUCCAUGACUGUGGAAUUACCUGUGCUUUCUUGUCAGCAGCCUAAUUUCAGGCUAAAACUGUCCAGGAGUAUCUAACUUCAAAAAAUGUGUUUUGAAAGCAGAAUUCUGUGACUGUAAAUAUGCAAUUUAUAUAGUUGACUGCUGUGAUUUAAAACUCUUGCAAGUUUUGCAUAAGGAGCUGCUCUUGCAGCAGACCCUUGUGCGUUACUGGCGACACCCACAUGAAAUCAGCAGGUCAAAUGGCUUUUUUAAAGGCUAAUGUGGUAUGCUGAGCUAGAAGCUCUGAAACAAGCAAUUUGCUUCUGUGCUGGUUUUCAUCACUGGCCAUCAACAGCGAGGAGAGGAAUUUUAUCUUCUGCUGGCUGGCAAAUUUUUCAGAUGAUGCCUGAGGCACAGUUGGCUGUCACUGCUGUGCUGCUCUAUUAGCGGUGUAAUGCUGACAACAAUAAAAACAAGAUGUCAGUUUGCUAACCAAAUAAGAAUAAAAAAGAAAUAUAGAGAAU